CCGCGGUGCACACGCCAUUUUGUGUUGACACUGCCUAAGGGUGUUCUCGUGCACCUGUCAGUGCUGGAGUUCUUCGGACUUGGAUAGCGGCAGCCCAAAGUGAACAUGCUAGAGGUGGCCUGGAUGUGUCAUGGGGUCGCUGAUCCCCAUCGAUGGGGUCGGGAAGGGGCGGGGGGCUCUCUGAGAUCUAGUCAAGCCCACCCCUCCCACCCCUCGGUCCAGCGAUGCUUGAAAGAGAGAAGCGCUCUCGCCUUACUGGAGGGACAGUUGAGCGAAACUUGGAGAAAGGUUACAGGUGAGGAUAACUUACUAAAUUAUCAAGCUAUGCAGAAAAAUUCCAGGAGGAACAGUAAAUUGACAGUUUGGGCUAAAGAAUUGACCUCUGUGGAUGCUGAUAUGGAAAAACAUGAGAAUCAAAAGAAUUUCAUUGAACUGCUACCUCCAGAAAUUACUUUGAGAAUUUUCAGUCAGCUAGACGACAUUCAGAGCUUCUACAGAGCUUUCAUGACAUGCAGGAGAUGGAACUACAUCAUAGAAAACAAUGACUUCUUGUGGAAGCCUCACUGCUUGGCUCUAGAAUAUGUGUGUCAAGAAGUAGAUAACGAUCAAAACUGUGGGUAUUCCUGGAGGGACAUACUGCGGAGGAAUUGCCAGAUAAGUAAAGUGAAAGGCGAAUGGCUCGGUGGCAAAUACAGCAACAUCCGUUCUGCUUGUGGUCUACCAGAAAAAUCCAUGUGCCCGAUGAGUAAAGAGACAUGGGGGGAAAUUUUGGAAGCAGAACUGAGAAGAUAAGUGAAAAAAAAAAAAAAA